AUGCAUCGGAUGUGGUGGAACAGACUAAUGAGAUUCACGCACCUUCUAGGCUUUAUCCCACUAAUGUUGGUGGAGAUGUGGGAAAUGGAUUUGAGGCUUAAUGGUACAGGCUACAGAUGUUCCGGGUGGCUGGAGGUGCUUCAUGCAGCCACAUGGAAGAGGAUUGAUAGCAGAAAUUUUACACAGCAGAAUGCAGAACUUGCCUGUAGACAACUUGGUUGCUACUUACCCUUCGGGAUCUUGCAACCAUAUGUUGAAGAAUCGGAGAAGCACGAGACUUGCUUGAUGACCUGCCAAGGGAAUGAGACGGCUCUCAAGGACUGCAUAGCCUGUGAUUCCCAUGAUUACUUCUCUCUGGGUGUGUUCCUAGUUUGUCAAGCUCCUGUGCAAACCACCACAGUACUCCAGCCUACAACAGCACCAGUGGUGACCUCCUCAAAACCCUUUGAUCACCCAAGGACAAACAUUGAAGAAGGAACCUCCUUGUGUUCAGGGAUUUUGGAGCCAGAUGUUGAAGGCUACAAGAAAAUGCUUUGCCUGAGUUUACAAAGAUGGUGGAAUAAGCUGGUCUGCCAGGGAGUAAACUGUGAAAAUCCAGGACACAAGGAUCAGAACAGGGAAAAGUCACUGCACCACUGGGAGAAGCUGCAGUGUGAAAAAAGGAAUCUUAGCAUGGGUGACUGCUCAGGAAGCACACAAGAAUGCUUAAGCCUAACCCUGGUUAGAUGUUCAGAUCAAGAGUUGAAGCCCCAGAAAUCCAGUUCAGAGACUGUCUUAGGAAUCCUGCUUGGUCUUGUUCUUAUUGCUGUUCUUCUGAGUAUUUGUGCUCUUCCUACCUACAAAAAAAUUAUGAAAAAAUAUUCCAAGAAGAGACAGCAACAAUGGAUUGGCCCAAGUGGGGUGAACCAAAAUGUUUCAUUCCAUCGCAAGAGCUCUACUGCCCUCCAGACACGUCUUGAAAACCUAGUUGUUCAGGAAGAGGGGAAUAAAGCCUCCCAGAAAAUUUAUCUCUCACCCUAUGCAGCUCUGGAAGGGGCAACCAACAGAUCUUCCAGCCCUUUGGAUAACUCCUCUGACAGUGAUUAUGACUUAUGUUCCGCACAGCAGCUGUAAACUCUGUGAAGUAUGGAUGACACUCCUUUCUGUUCACCUGCAAUAUGGUGCUUAAGGCGGCAUUGAAGUGAUCCUGACUCCAUCCUCAGCUCACUGAAUGACUUCAGGCCGGUCACUCUCUCUCUCAGGCUUAAACAACUUCAUGGAGUGAUUGUGAGGAAAAAUUGAGGGGAAUCCAAUAUGUAAUGGUUUAAGCUUCUGAACAAAAGACCCAAUACAAAUCUAAUAAUGGAAUAUCCUUUGAAUGAAUAGUAAAUUCCAGGGGCAUAAUCACUGUAAUAAAUUUAAAACCAUUUUUUUUGAAAGGAAGGAAAUUGAUAUUUGUAAUAUAGAUCUUGGAUAGAUGAGAUUUUCCCUUAGUUUAUGAGUGGAUUCUUUAUCAACAAAAUGAAAAGAUGGAUCAAUAAUUUUCCCUAGGGUCAAAGUUUAAGACUUUGCUUAAAAAAUGAUUUGACUUUUUCUCUUUUUCCUUUCCUUUUUUUU